ACUUGUGGUAUUUCACCACUGUAAGCGAGGCUUUGCGGGCUGCGGGUGUGCUGUCAAGCAGGAAGACAAUUCAGUUCAAGUUCAUGUUUCUUUGCGGCAAUAUCUCAAAUCCAAAAUAACUGUUAAACUUAACGCACAUUUACUAAUGUAUGAGGUCGAAUAACGGAUUUGAAAAACGAGAGCUGAUUGAGACCAAGCUGUCAUCACACGUGCUCCGUUCCCUCAGACAGUGUGGUGUGUGCAGCCAGCCAUGGCUCUGCUCUUCAGUAGGGCUGUUACAAGUAUGAAGUCCAAAGAGCUGUCACCAUCAGUGAAGCAAGCCAUCGUUGGGCUGAAAAAUCAAAACAAACCUAUCAGAGAGAUAGCAAAAACAUUAGGUGUGGCCAAAUCAACUGUUGGGUACAUUCUUAAAAAGAUAGAACGCACUGGUGAGCUCAGCAACACCAAAAGACCCGGAAGACCACGGAAAACAACUGUGGUGGAUGACAGAAGAAUUAUUUCCCUGGUGAAGAAAAACCCCUUCACAACAGUUGGCCAGAUCAAGAACACUCUCCAGGAGAUUACAGAGGAGCUGGAUAAAGUGAAACAGGAGAUGGAGGAGAAGGGCAGCAGUAUGUCAGAUGGAGCCCCUGUGGUCAAGAUCAAACAGAGUCUGACAAAGCUGAAGCAAGAGAUCGUUCAGAUGGACAUUCGCAUUGGAGUGGUUGAGCACACACUGCUUCAAGCCAAGCUUAAGGAGAAGUCAAACAUGACCAGGGACAUGCAUGCCACCAACAUUCCAGAGCCUGCCAUUGGUGCAUACUGAUGAUACCACUCAAACAAACCAGGUCGCUCAAAUGCAUUUACCUGUCUAUUAUCAGACAUCUGAAAUAGCCAUUUAUAACCAGUUUUUGUUUUGCAGUUUACUAGUUACCAUCAAUGUGAUUAAGAUGACACAAGCAGUGUUGAGAAGAUGGGUGUUUAUAUAUGGUAGCUGAGGAUGUUCUGAAGCUCUGUUCUAUUUUAAGUAUAAUUGGUUACUGUAAACAUGAUUUUGGUUAUCUGUACAUAUUUAUAGAAAAAAAUAAAAUACAUUAUAUUAACUUGA